UCAUCUAAAUAAAAACUCAAUACUCGAAAUAUGGUAAACUUGUAAUCAGCUGACACUUGGACAAUGAAAGUACAAGAUCAUAUUAUCGCCCACCACUAACGCGCUCUGUUUACCAUUGUGCGUUUGCAUGUGUGUACGUCCGUGUGCGUGCGUGCGCGUGUGUAAGUGAGUGAACGUGAAAUGAGCGGAAAAUGAAAACGGCGGCACAACAGACGACAAGAGAACGAAAAUCAAGAACAAGCACAAAACUCCAAUGAAAAAAUCCUCUAUUUAAAACAAUUCGUUAAUCGCAUAAAUCAUUUUUUAACAGUGACUGCAACAACGUGAGUAAAUGAGAUCUACCAUCUGCAGAAAAGAGACAGAGCAAACUGACAACGGGAACGGGACAACAGCAAAAGCCUCGUUGCAAAAAUAGAUUAUCUUGUUGCCUUCGAAAGUUGAAAGAUCUGCAAGCUAGCCAGAUAUUCCUAUUGGCAUCUCAAUCGGCAUGGCAAAUAAAAGGUUAAUCUUAAAGCUGACUGAAGACUGUGAGCUGGAAAAUCAAAUCGAGACGUUGUUGGACGAUCAUGAAAAUUUGGAAAAUAUCGAUGCACGUGUUGCAAAGCGAUUCAAAUCAAAGGGUGUGGAAGACGAAUCUCCAUUGCAUCGUAUGCUGCAGCGUCAAAUAUUCAACGGAUCGUGCAGUAAUCUGUCGCCUAUAACCGAAUUGUCGCACAAUAUGCGUGGCACUGUUUUGGAUGGCGGAGGUACCCCAAAGUCAAGCACCCUGCGCACCUACAACAGCAUCUCGUCCAGCUAUGACUCCGGCAAUUCGUUGGAUGACGAAUACAUGGCAAUGUUCGAAAUGGAGGCAUUGGACCACAUGCCGUUAGCCAAGCUACCUGGUGAUCUAGAUGCCCUAAUUCGAGGCCAGCUGAAAACGAACGAAACUGUGCCGACUACUGUGGAACCUCGAUCGGUACGUCGUUGCUUAAGCAUGACAGCGGAACAGUCGGCUCUGGACAUCACGCCGAUUAAAAAACUGCAUCGCACACAGAAGACAGAGCAGCAGCUUCCUGUUAAUAACAGCUUGAGCCUGAUACGCAAGUCUGUGUCCAUGAAUAAUGUGGAUAUACUCAACGCAUUGAGCGAUGAGCCGCAGCUUAUUGGAGAUCUGACCAAGCCGUGUGCCUUGCCCGUAAUGCAAACCGGGGUCCGACAUCGUGAUCUCAAGACAAUUUCCUGUAAUACACUCGCUCGUCUGAUGCGCGGCGACUUUGUCGAUCUGUCUGACCGCUACAAGAUCAUCGAUUGCCGCUACCCAUAUGAGUUUGAAGGAGGUCACAUACGUGGUGCACAUAACCUGUACACUCGUGCCCAGCUGAAGGCUGCCUUUCCAGUGAGCACAGAUGCAGAUACAGAUGCAGAUCACCGCCAUAUUUAUGUGUUUCACUGCGAGUUCUCGUCGGAACGUGGCCCAAAGCUACUGCGCUUCUUGCGCAACAAUGAUCGCAGUGUACACACACACGACUAUCCUACGCUUUCGUAUCCAGAGCUCUAUCUGCUGCAUAAUGGCUACAAGGAGUUCUUCGCCAGCUACGCCGAUCUCUGUGAGCCCUCCGACUAUGUGCCAAUGCUGGCGCCGGCCCACAACGAAGAGUAUCGUUUAUGUCGAGCUAAAACCAAGUCAUGGCAGUAUGGUGAAGGUGAUGGUGGCGACAGUGGCAUCGGUGCUGGUGAUACCAGUGCUCCUUCAACAAAUUCUCGCACUUUAUCUAAGUCACGCUCCCGCUUACUCUAUGCGGAAUAGUUGAUAGUUCUUGUCAUUCUAUAUUAAGUUAAUUAGUUGUCUAAUUAAGGUUACGUUGUGUUGUCCUUCGGUUAGGUAAAAUUUCAUUUAUUUGUUUAAAAUUUGUUUUUCCGAUUACUACUUUUAUUUCUCUAGUCAGCGCUAAAAAAAAUUUUAAUCUGUUCAGUUUUUGCAUUUAGUUAAAUGUUAAAGUGUUUCCUAUUUCUAGCUGUAAUUACAAUUUUAGAUACAUUACAGAACUAUUCGCUAAGAGGGAUCCUAUUUAUUUUAUAACAUAUUAAGCAUUUUCUAACAACGAAAACCGUCAAAGCAUUCUAAAAUACGAUUUUUUUUUUAAGAUUGCUAUAACUAUGCUGAUCACGUGCUCAAAAAUUCUUCGUUUCGGCAAUUCAGAUAGUUAUUUUAAGUAUUAUACAUUUUAAUUAACAUUAUAUACAAAUAUUUCUAUGAACUUAAUAUACGAUAUUGGCUUUAAUUCGUUCAUUACUGGUUUGUCAAUAUUUAAUUUAUAUAAUUAUUAAAGGAUUUCAGUUUAAAUAAAAGUAUGGACAAAUUCUUAUAGUUAAAAUCUUAUUGCCGCGUAAAUGAUUAUAACUAGUCAUUGACAAUCUGGUUGUAAAAAGUAUAAUUUAAUAUUAAUUAAAUUAUUGACUCUUAUUUUUGUUUUCCAUCAUAAUAAGCGACUUGCUCUUGGCGAAUUACUUUAAACAUUUUCCUAUGCCCCUUUCUCUUUACUUGUAUUUACGACUUUGUUUUUGUUUUUAAGAAUUGCAAAACAAUUUGAGAGCGCAAAAAUUUGUAAGUGGAAUAAAUAGCUAAUAUCCAUCAAUAUUGACUUUUUUCGAUAAAUAUACCGAAAUUAUAUUUAAAAUACGGUCACACUUUCAGAAUCAUUGGUGCGUUAUCCAUAACCAAACACACCAAAGUUGUAUCACGCGAACAGCUGUUUAGGGGUGAAACAGUAAACAAACUAAGGCAGGAAGAAGAAGAAUAUAGAGGGCUCCAGAAUCAAAUCAACAUAUGUAAAUCUUACUAAAUUAUGCGUCACUAGGGCAUUCAAAAAAGUUUAAGUGAAAGUCGUCAAAACAAUGAUUUUAUUGUGCCUCUGUCUACUUUCGUUUAUUUUUUCAACUAUGGAAUAAUGCGGCGGAAGGAUAAACCUGCUGUCCGACAAUAAACAUAAACAAAACUUGAUAGCUAUAAAUGUAUUUUGCCUUUGGCAUGCUGUUUUUGUUUAUUUAAAAAAUCUUAACAAUUUUUAUUAUAUCAAUGGAGAUUGUGACUUUUAGCCAAAUGAAUAAAGUAAUACAAAAAGAGACUCCGUUGGGCUUGCAGCUACUCUUCCUUUUUGGGGUCAAAAGGAGCUUUGAAUCCGGCUUUUUCAUAGAACUCCAAUGGAACUGGAUC